ACUGCCAGCAUGAUUCACUAUACAAACAUUUGCUGGAAAUGAUUCCACUAAUGAUGUAAAAUUUGCUUUUGGUUUGCUAGUGAAUCGUACUUCGUAUGAACUAGCCUUAAGUGUUUCUUUUAACAUGUUUUCUGUAGUUUCUUAUAUUUAUGACCUGGUCUUAUAUGGUAGUCAUAACCUGGCAGUGAAAAUCUUUCAUCUUUUCAAAGAGUAUUCCUGAGCCAGCCAGCAGUUUGAUGCAGUUUUUUCAACAUGAGCCUGGCCAAGAUUAUUAGGAUGCCUACCUUGGAUCCUUCCAGACGCCUUCCAACUUCAAGACCAUUCAUGUUGUGGUAUCAUGGAAGAUUGGAUAGAUACACUGCUGAACAGAGGCUUCAAGCAGCUUCAAAAUUGGGAAGUUACUUGGUUAGAGAAAGUGAUCGAAAACCAGGAUCGUAUGUUUUGUCAUAUUUUGGACAUACUGGAAUUAAUCAUUUUAGAAUCACUGCUGUUUGUGGUGAUUAUUACAUUGGAGGAAGACAGUUUGAUUCAUUAUCUGAUUUAAUUGGAUAUUAUACUAGUUGGUCUGAUUUGUUAAAGAAAGAAAGACUUGUUCAUCCUGUACCACCACCUGAGCCUGUAAAUGACAAGAAGAGAGUUGUCGCCAUUCUUCCAUAUAAUAAAAUGCCUGAUACAGACGAACUGAGUUUUCAGAAAGGUGAUAUUUUUAUUGUUCAUAAUGAUAUGAAUGAUGGAUGGUACUGGGCUACUCUGCAUCGAACACAAGAAAGUGGUUUAGUGUUCAAAGAACUAGUUGAAGAAUUGGAUGAUGAUGUUGAUCCUAAUGAAAUAUAUCCUUGGUUUCAUGGAAGCAUAACAAAAGAAACUGCUGUUGAGAAAUUAGCAAAAAUGGGUCCGGGAAGUUUUUUGGUACGACCAAGUGAUAAUUCACCUGGCAAUUAUUCAUUGUUCUUUCACAUCAACAAUACUAUUCAGAGAUUUCGGAUUGAGAAAAGAGGAAAUCGUUAUAUAAUGGGAGGUAGAUGUUUUGAUAGUCUAGAAGCUGUGAUUAAUAGAUACAAAGUUGAACAAAUUGUUGAAGGACAUUGCUUGAGAGAUCCUGUUUUAAAAGCACCUUAUGAAUCAAAAGAACUCAGUAAGGCUGAAGAAGUUCAGCAUAAAUCACAAGAUAUAUAUGCUACGUUAAAAGAAAGUAGAGAGACUGGAUUAGCGAAACGAAAUAAAGGAAUUCGUAUGAAAGGCUAUCUUAACAAGAAAAGUCAAGGAAACAGAAAAUGGAAAAAUCUAUAUUUUGUUUUAAGUUCAAAAGAACAGCAGUUAUUAUUUUUUGAUACACCUAGAAGAACAAAACCAAAGGGUCUCAUUGAACUCAGUUACACAUAUUUAUACAUGGUUCAUGAUAGUCUAUUUGAAAGACCAAAUUGUUUUCAAUUGGUAGAAAGAGCAUUACCUUGUAUCAGUACUGUAUAUUAUUUAUGUGCCAGUUCACCUGAUUUGGCACAGGAAUGGAUUCAAGCAAUUAAACCACUUUGUGCUCCACAACUUCCUCGUGGACGAGGACCUAGUCACAAUGUAACUGAAGUUCGUAGUUUACAUCUGACAUUGUUAGAAGCACAUCGUUUGCCUGUUAGACUAGUUCCACAUCCUUUUUGCAUAAUUUCUUUGAAUCAAGUAAAAGUAUGUAGGACACAAGUAAAAUGUCCUCCAGAUCCAAUUUGGGAAGAGGAUUUCUUACUUGAAGAUUUGCCAUCAGAUAUCAAAUCAUUUACCAUAACAUUAUAUAAUAAAGGAAAACGAUCUAAAGAUAUGGAAAUAGCCACACUACAUUUUGCUUUAUUAAGUGAAUUUGUUCUUCUGAGUGAUCUUAUGUGUAAGAAUUAUGUUAGGCUUCAAGAAUGGAUUCAAGCAAUUAAACCACUUUGUGCUCCACAACUUCCUCGUGGACGAGGACCUAGUCACAAUGUAACUGAAGUUCGUAGUUUACAUCUGACAUUGUUAGAAGCACAUCGUUUGCCUGUUAGACUAGUUCCACAUCCUUUUUGCAUAAUUUCUUUGAAUCAAGUAAAAGUAUGUAGGACACAAGUAAAAUGUCCUCCAGAUCCAAUUUGGGAAGAGGAUUUCUUACUUGAUAAUUUAGAAUAUUCUGAAAGAGAAGAAUCUGCCAGGAGUGGGAUUCAAACCUGCAACUCCCACUUACCAUGCAGAUGUGUUGCCAGUUCAGUUACCCAAGCCUCCAGUCUGAUAUCUCCUUCCAGACAUGUUUUAAAUAUGAUGGGACGUCUUCAGGGGGCACCUUAUGAAUCAAAAGAACUCAGUAAGGCUGAAGAAGUUCAGCAUAAAUCACAAGAUAUAUAUGCUACGUUAAAAGAAAGUAGAGAGACUGGAUUAGCGAAACGAAAUAAAGGAAUUCGUAUGAAAGGCUAUCUUAACAAGAAAAGUCAAGGAAACAGAAAAUGGAAAAAUCUAUAUUUUGUUUUAAGUUCAAAAGAACAGCAGUUAUUAUUUUUUGAUACACCUAGAUCUUCCCAUAUUAGUAAAUAUCAUCAAUAUACUUCAAAUAUAGAAGAGGAUAAUGAAUGUAUGAUGAGAGGGGAUCUGAAAAUUUUGAACUAUAUGGUUCUCACCACUAACUCUGCCAAAGUGGUCGAUGGAGCUGAACCCAUAGGUACUCCCUGCUUUUUAAUUAGUAAAAGUGCCUCUCUCAACCCCAGUAUCUGUGGUAUGGAACAACUAUUCUCGAUUAAUAUGUUUGCAAGCAUGACUGCUUCAAAAUUGCGUACAGAUGGAUAUAAAGCAACCACAUCUAUUUUGAAAAGUCUGUACAAAUUUGGAGGUAGUCCCAAUGCCACUAACCAUAAAGGUGAUGAUGAUAUGACAAGAUUGGAGCUCAGCACACGAGCAGUGCUUUUUCUAGGAAAUACAUUGGAUGGGAGCACUUAUUCACUUAGGGUUUGUGUGUAUUUUUUAAAUUUUGCUAUAGAAGAAACUUCAACAUUAUUUCGUUCAGCAUCGUUGACUACAACAUUAAUGGAUCAGUAUAUGCGUUCUACAUCACAUGGUUUCUUACAGCAGGCUGUAGAGGAUUUCAUCCACAAAGUGAUGGAAAGCAGACAAUCCUGUGAGCUGAAUCCUAGUAAGUUAGAAAGUCCAAGUGAAGCUUGUGCAAAUGCAGAACAUUUGUUGAGUUUGUUGGAUGAAAUUAUAGAAUCAAUAUUCACUGCAAUUGAUUCAUGUCCUAAAACUCUUCGAUAUAUCUGUAGUUGUUUACAAAAAAGUGUAAUGGCAAAAUGGCCUAAUGAUCCAUUAGUAAAAACAAGAGUUGUAAGUGGAUUUGUUUUUUUGAGAUUGCUUUGUCCCGCAAUAUUGAAUCCAAGACAGUUCAAUUUAAUAAAUGAUACUCCUUCAGAAAUAGCAGCAAGAAGUUUAAUUUUAGUGGCAAAAUGUUUACAGAAUUUGGCUAAUCUUGUUGAAUUUGGAGCAAAAGAACCAUGGAUGGAAGUAAUAAAUCCUUUCAUUUUAAAAAAUAAGAACAGAAUGAUUAAGUUCCUGGAUGACAUAUCAAAUGUUCCCGAGAGACCUGAUCCUGAUGAAACAAUAUCUGGUGAUCCUGCACGUGAUUUGGCUACUCUUCAUCAUAUUUGUGCAACUCAUAAAGAAGAAUUGCAAAAUCUUAGUCAAACUAGGCCAAUUUUGAAGAAAUUAGUUACGGUAACAGACAUGUUGUCAAAGCACAAACAACAAUAUACAGAAAUGCUAAGGUAGUGUUGUAUACAACUAGUUGUAAACAAAGGUGAACAAGUAGUACAGAACACUGGCUGGAGCCAGAGAGGACAUUUAAACACACAAUUCUCAGUCAGAACAUUUCUAGAUUGACCGGCUGGUUCUGGUCAGAGAGACCGAGAAGAAAUCAGGAAUAAAAUUCCUGGCAAGCCCACAACAUCAUUUCUCAACUGCCUGCCUGUGCCAGAGGCAGGACUCUUGUACAAGAGCUUGUAUAGUGUCCCUUUACUUCAUUCAAAAGGACAAUACUUGGUGGUGCUUCAGGCUAAAGGUACUCACUUUUUUAUGAUUUAUGAUUAUUACUUUCAAUUAUGUAAUAUUUUUUACCAUCAAAUCUAUUUAUAUUUAAUCAUAUACAUAUUUUUAUCUUUCAUUUUCUGUUGUAUAUUUUAAUGGAGUCCUUAAAUUGUUUAUCUACAAAGUUUUAUGUAUAGAAAGCCCACCUAAUACUUCUCUUGUAAUAAAUGAGGACACCACCACUGCCAUAAUGUUAUCUGAUGAAGUGGGUCUGACUAUUGUUCCAUAUUUGUUUUAAAGUUACAUAAAACAAAAUUUUAAAAAUAAUGUAGAAAUUUGCUAUUAUUAUUGUUCCUGCAAAUUGUGGGUUUUAUGUAAAUUAUACGAAUCUAUUUGAAAGAUUAAAGCAUUCCUAUCAAAUCUAGAAACAAGAAAAAUAGAAAACAUUCAUUUAAAAAGAAAAAAUAUUGAGAAUAACCAGAAAAUAAAAACAUGUUAAUUAAUAGAUCAUAUUUCUUGUAUUAAACCUAUUAUUUAUACUUGUUACUGGUCAGAAUAAAUUUCUUGUUAUCAGUGAUUGCUGAAUUAUUUAUUUUAGUUAUUUGUAUCUAUUGACUAAGCAUGUUUUUUUUAACACUUCUAAGCUUUGAGUACCAAGUCACAAAAAAGUACUGUUGCAACCAAAGUACCAAACCUGUACUGUCUCAUGUUACUUUGCUAAACGCACAAAUCUGCUGAUUUGAAAUACGAUAGGGAAUUUCUAUUACCUUAAAACUGUAAUUCCAAAUGUGUGCAGAAAUGUGCCAUUUGACAACUGUUCAUGUAUUGUAUAACUUUAAACUGCUCACUAAACCAGUAAAAUAAAGACUGGGAAUUGUUUCAAUGUUUACUGUUUGUCAAAUUCCUAUUUGAAAUCUGGUGCUUAGAAACAUUGAAUUGUUAAUGAAUGAUCAUAAAUUUGUAAACAGAUAUUCUGUUUUCACUUCUUGUCUAAAUAAAUUGCCUUACUGUGUCUGGUGUACUUAAAAUAUUCAACAAAUAAAUUUAAGAAAAUAAAUUACUUUAAUUCUUUAAAAUAUUUUACAUAGUUUAAAUAAAAUUAGAUGAUCAUGAAGAUUGUUAGUUUGUUUUUAAUGUCAAAUUAUAAGUUAAGUACAGAUUUUUGAUUUAUCAAUUUCUGAUAUCUGUCAUGCAUUUGAAAUUUUUAUGAUGAAUUUUUUAGAGUUUUUACAGAAGAUAUGAAAUAUCUUAAUUAGAUCAAAUUGGAAUUUAUACAAAGAAUAUUUAACACUCAAAGCUCUAGAAAAUUAUGUGAAGUGUUUGAGAUUAUGACAGUAUUAUUUUUAUUCUUUAAUGAAAAAGUAAUAAACUAAUUAUAAUACUAAUUCUGAUUCAAUAAAUGAAAUGUUUGAUUUAUGGAACUUUAUUCUUAUUGUAGCACUUUGAAAAUGUUUAAUUAUAAACAGAAUUUCAGUAGAGUAUUAUUAUAAUGUAUAAUCAAAAAAUUUUGAAGAAAAAAUUUUUCAGUGAAUACUGUAUUGUCUGUACUUGAAUAAUUUUGCAUAUGUUAAAAUUGGCUUUAUGCUUUUAUGCCAAUUUUUUUCAAUCAUUAUAUUAAUGAAUAUUGUUUCUUGGGUAUCUCUAAGAAGGCAAAAUUAUUUAAACAAGAAAUUUUUUUAAUUUUAUUUUUUGCAAUGUUAUCAAAUUUAAAAAACUUCUGUUAAUAAGAUAUGCGUAAGUUCAUAUCUAGCAGAUGAACAGCAGCAUAUUUGAAUAUAAGACCAAACAAUGUUUACAGUUUUAACCCUUACAUAGAUUUAUAUUUUUUAAAUGUUAAUUUAGAUUCCAAGUUUUUAUGAAGCUUGCCUUAUUAUUAUUUAGUAAGUUUCAUUAAUUUUAAAUUGUCUUUCAAAUAUUUAAAUUCAAAUCAAUAGAUCUCACUGUCUUGUUAGAAUUAAAUGCAGAGUUUUUAUAAAAGGAUGUAUUGAAAUUAAGUUAAGCUAUAUUGUAUUUAUUGAUACAUAUGAAAUAAAACAAUUUUGCUGAUUUUUAAAA